CAACGCAUAAGUGUCAAAGAUAUAAGUUGGAUAGCCCUAAGAGGCAAGUAAGCUGUGAGUGUGUGAUGUUUUCUGUAGUUUUUACCUAAGCUUAGCCCACUGUAAAAGUUAUAGGCAUGAGCUCUUGUCCAGGCUGAGGCAAACUUUUCUUUGUUACUGUCCCAGUAAACAAAGAGAGGGGGAUUGUUUUAUCGGACAGUGGCUCCUGGUGUGGACAUGAGGUGGGGGGUAGGAAAAAAAGGAUAAAAGUGGAACAUGUUCUGAGUGAAUAUGGAGUGGAGGAUCACACAGAACUUUUGGAAGAGCUACAGAAGAAAAUUGAAUGUGAGGAGAGUGAGGAUGAAUUAACUGCGGUGGAAGGUGCGGUGAAGACCGUCGAAUUUGAGCCUUGUCCUGAUAAUGGCAAAGAUGAUUCUGGCCCAGUGGGAGUAAGAUUUUUGGAGAGCAUGGAUCCAUGCCUUCAGGGAGAUCCAUAUGUGGUGUAAGGUUGGGUGGAGAAGAAGUUGGGGGAUGUUCGGUCGGUGAAAGUGACUCGAAGUGGAAUUGUGUACAUUUUUUGUGUUUCUGCCAUCCAGAGGGAGUGUGUGCUCCACACCACGUGACUGGGGACAAGAACUGUGACUUGCUUUCCUCUCCGGAGCAGGGCAGAAGUGAUAACUGGAGUGCCGUUACGUGUUGUGGAGGAUCAACUCAAGUUGAAGAUGCCCAGUGUCUGACAGCCACCGCUAGGUGCAACGCAGACCCAGUGGAGAGCGUGGUGAAACAGAUAAGACACUGUCUGUACUACUGAGUUAUGAUGCAGUCUUUACCAGAUGAAGUCAAGUUAGAAUGUGUCAGUUAACCCAUGAGAGCUUUUGUCCCGAAUCCGUUACGGUGUUUUAGGUGUCAAGCUUAUGGUCAUGUGGCAGCAGUGGGAGGAGGGAGAUUCCUAGAUGUGAGUGCAGGAGGAUAGGAGACAAAGGAGUGUGUAGUAUUGGUGGAAAAUGUUGUGUUUGUAAACUAGGGGUACCCAUGGUACUGGAGAUCAGAGGUGUCCAGUGAGAGAAAACCCUGUGAGUAGGUCAAGGCUAAUAGAGAGUGAUAGGAAUAACAUGUGCUUCAUUAAGGUUGUUUUUUUGGUGUUCAUGGCCAUGGUUGUCAAUUGUACAGCAGGAAUGGAACGUUAAUCACAGAGGAUAGAUGUUGUGGUGGCAGCUGCAGAGAAGUACUUGGGCAUAUGAGAUUUUACUGCAAAAUAGUUACCAGACGUUUUGAACUAUAGUGUCCCGUCCUCCCAGGCUGCAGGCCUGGAGUAGGAUCAGAUAGGGCCAAAGUAGUGGAAUAGUGGUGAGGUUGUAAUGGGUGCAGGGGUAGUUGGUAGGGCAAUUUUUUCACAAAGUGUAAUGAAUUCAUAUUUAACAAGGCAAGUCAGUUAAGAACAAAUUCGUAUUUACAAUGACGGCCUACCAAAAGGUAAAAAACCUCCUGCGGGAAUGGGGGCUGGGAUUAAAAAUGUAAAUAUUGGACAAAACACACAUCACGAUAAGAGUUACUCCACAAAACUACAUAAAGAGAAACCUAAGACAACAACAUAGCAUGGCAGCAACACAUGACAAUACAGCAUGGUAGCAACACAACAUGGCAGCAGCACAAGAUAGUAGCAGCACAAAACAUGGUACAAAUAUUAUUGAGCACAGACAACAGCACAAAGCAAGAAGUUAGAAAUAACAAUACAUCACACGAAGCAGCCACAACUGUCAGUAAGAGUGUCCAUGAUUAAGUCUUUGAAUGAAGAGAUGGAGAUAAAACUGUCCAGUUUAAGUGUUUUUUGCAGCUCGUUCCAGUCGCUAGCUGCAGCGAACUGAAAAGAGAAUCGACCCAGGGAUGUGUGUACUUUGGGGACCUUUAACAGAAUGUGACUGGCAGAACAGGUGUUGUAUGUGGAGGAUGAGGGCUGCAGUAGGUAUCUCAGAUAGGGGGGAGUGAGGCAUAAGAUUUUUUAAAUAAAUAAGCAUCAACCAGUGGGUCUUGUGACAGGUAUACAGAGAUGACCAGUUUACAGAGGAGUAUAGAGUGCAGUGAUGUGUCCUAUAAGGAGCAUUGGUGGCAAAUCUGAAGGCCGAAUGGUAAAGAACAUCUAGCCGCUCGAGAGCACUUUUACUUGCCGAUCUAUAUAUUACGUCUCCGUAAUCUAACAUAGGUAGGAUGGUCAUCUGAAUCAGGGUUAGUUUGGCAGCUGGGGUGAAAGAGGAGUGAUUACGUUAGAGGAAACCAAGUCUAGAUUUAACCUUAGCCUGCAGCUUUGAUAUGUGCUGAGAGAAGAAAAGUGUACCCUCUAGCCAUACUCCCAAAUACUUGCAUGAGGUGACGACCUCAAGCUCUGAACCUUCAGAGGUAGUAAUCACACCGGUGGGGAGAGGGACAUUCUUCUUACCAAACCACAUGACCUUUGUCUUGGAGGUGUUCAGAACAAGGUUAAGGGCAGAAAAAGCUUGUUGGACACUAAGAAAGCUUUGUUGUAGCGUUUAGCACAAAACCCGGAGAAGGGCCAGCUGAGUAUAAGACUGUAUCAUAUGAAUAUAAAUGUAUAAGAGAGCGUCCUACUGCCUGAGCUGUUGUUUAUGUAAAUUGAGAAGAGCGUGGGGACUAGGAUCGAGCCUUGAGGUACUUCCUUGGUGACAGGCAGAGGCUGAGACAGCAGAUGUUCUGACUAUACACUGCACUCUUUCAGAGAGGUAAUUAGCAAACCAGCCCAGACACCUCAGAGAAACCAAUACUCCUUAGCCGGCCCACAAGAAUGGAAUGGCCUACCGUAUCAAAAGCUUUGGCCAAGUCAAUAAAAAUAGCAGCACCCGAUUGCAUACCAGAGAAUACUAGACAUCAAGAAAGCCAGUCAGUUGAUUAUUGAGAAGUUUUUCCAACACUUUUGAUAAUUAGGGCAAAAUAAAAAAUAAUAAUAAUAAAAGGGUGAUUGCAGCAGAAAUACUUUUGAGGAGAUGAGAAACCCCAUUGGAAUCGUAUUUACGCCCGUCGUGUGUAAAUUUGCACAUACGUUGUCAAUUGGCCGCGCGGUGCAUUCUGGGUGAUUCCGGGACAGGGAGAUCGCUCCAUCAAGGAGUAAAUGGGAGUUAUUUGGGCGUUAGCUCAAAAAAAAAAACAUUAGCAUGACUUACGUGAACUUAGAGGUACAACGUUACAAAUCUUUUCCGAUAUAUGUGAUUAUGAACUUGUUCUCUGCAAUAUCGUAUAGCUUUCAAAUCGUGACAUUGCGUUCUUUCGAAGAAAAUGAGCACGUUUCUCGACUCAUACCCUGGCUUUUAGAAGGGAUUAGUUUAGCAACCGCGUGACACAGCAUGAUAACGUGAACGCGAUUGGUCAACAGUCUGCUGGGCGGAGCGUUAUGUUUCUCAAUUCAUUUCCCGCAGGGAUUCUUAUCUCUUCCUUUAAUUAAGAAAUAUAUAUGCAAUUCAAGAGUCUUUUUAUAUGUUAACAUUGCCAAAGCAAGUGAAAUUGAUAAACAAAAGUGAAAUAAACAAAGUGAACAGUAAAUAUUACACUGACACAAGUUCCAAAAGAAAAGACAUUUCAUAUGUCAUAUUAUGUCUAUAUACAGUGUUGUAAUAUCUCUGAUUGCUGAGUUGUAACAAUAUCUAUUGGUUGCAGUUAGAGAGCAGUGACGUGAGCGGUACAGCUGAUCGGGCGAUAACUGGGCACUGAGGCAGACGAGCAGUCAGCUCAGCUCGUUCGCCUGGGAUGUUUUUUGUGAUGUUACCAAGACAAAGAUACACAACUACAGAGAAAAGAGGAUGAAAAGAACAUGAUUACCACCGAUGGCCUCUCUAAAUGCGAGGCGACACGGCGCAAGACGGGGAAAAGGCCACUGGGGGAGAUGCUGCACCUUCUGUCCGCUGUCAUUGUCUGGCUUGUGACGGGGACAACUAUAUCCAGUCUUAACAAAUGGAUAUUUGCAGUGUACAACUUCAGGUACCCCUUACUGCUAUCGGCCCUGCACAUGUUGACAGCAAUAGUGGUGGACUUUUGGCUUAUUAAACUUCGAAUGCUCCAGCACAAAGGCGGUGUUGACAAGCAUAAGGACCUUACCAACAGCGCCAAAUGGAAGGUGUUUCUAUUGAGCUUGACAUUUUGUGCCAGCAUUGCGUUUGGCAACGUGGGUCUGAACUAUGUCCAGCUGUCUUUUGCCCAAAUUAUCUACACCACCACGCCAAUCUUCACCCUGGCGAUUUCCACCCUUAUCUUGGGCAAGCAGCAUCACAUCCUCAAAUACACGGCCAUGAUGCCCAUCUGUCUGGGAGCCUCGUUCAGCAUCAUGGGCGAGGUCCAGUAUGACCAGACCGGUUGCUUCUUCGUUUUCGCUGCGACAAUGUUGAGAGGUGUCAAAACCAUCCAGCAAAGUAUCUUGCUCCAGGAGGAGAAGAUCAACUCUGUGUUCCUGCUCUACCUGAUGUCCAUCCCCAGUUUCUGCAUCCUGGCCGUAGCUGCUCUGGCCCUGGAGAACUGGGCCGUGCUAGAGUCUCCAAUACAUUAUGACCACAACUUGUGGCUCUUCAUCCUGCUCAGCUGCCUGGGCUCUGUCAUGUACAACCUGGCCAGCUGCUGCGUCAUAACCCUCACCUCCGCCGUCACCCUGCACAUCCUCGGCAACCUGAGCGUGGUGGGCAACCUGCUGCUCUCCCAGCUGCUGUUUGGCAACGAGAUGUCAGCACUCAGCUGCGUCGGCGUGGCACUCACACUCUCCGGCAUGCUCAUCUACCAGAACUCUGAAUUUAUCUCAGACUACAUGGACGCACGGCGAGACAAAGCCAGGGCGCUCAUUCGUGGGAGGGAGGAGGACAUCGCUGGCCCAUCACAACCCCCCCAAGACCAGCAGGGGAGCAGGGAUGCCGAUGGCAAGCGAGAGGACAAGAGAGACUGAGAGCGGAGGAUAGGAGUUGGACUGUUUACAGCAACCUUGUCCUUCGGGGUUAGUUAAGUCAGGUGGUUCUGUGGAGAGGAUCAGGAGAUGGGCUUCAACCUCAUGAGGUCAUAGUUGAUGAUGACACGAGUGACAGAACUUGUUUGUUGGGUCGUUUUUACCUCUUCACUGUGCCAAUGUAUUUAUUUCUGCCAUGGUCUCAUAGAAGUCAGUCUAGGCCAGCUGACAAGAAAAUCUGAUGCCUUUAUGAACGUGACAGUUGAGUUUUCACUGUUCUAAUACCCAUACGUGCACACAUCCUGGUAUAUGCAUGCAUGAGCACACAAUGUGAUAUAUCUCAUGAGGUGUCGCUCUCACUACUCCACUGUGAAAAUGUUCAACAUGAGUGAGUGCUCAAUGGGAUGUUGGGAGGGAAGGACUAGCUAGGAACACCUCCUAUAGAUGGGCACAAAUAAAAUUAAAAUAAGCAUGGUACUGUUACCUAUCCUUCCCCUGGUCUUGUAUCAGUGUGAAUGAGGUUUCCUGGCAGCUUUUUAUGUGGUGGAUCUUAAUAUGGGGGGGUGUAGCAUUUGUUCUAGUGCUAUAGCUUUUGUCUAGAUGACGUUUACAAUGGCGGAGACAUGCAAGCUAACAGGGUCGGCAUAUCAUUUCUGUUGGCUGUUUGUAGGCAUGGAGGUCAGUGAGCCACACAGUUAAUCUACUGCAUGGUGAAGCGCAGAUCUGAGGCAAGCACUUUGUUCUGCUCAGCGACCUCUUAUUGCAUUUCCUCUUAAUAAAAGGAACCUAUUAUAAUCAGUUUAAUAACCUCCAACCUGAACAGCAGUUCUCACUGCAGAAAAGCUCUAUUAUUAGGCCCAUUCACUCUAAGGAGUCUCACUCAUCUUUAGUACAGUUCUUUUCUUCUGGGAGAGAUCAUAAAAAGGAUUUCAUGAUCCUACUUCCUGCCGCUCCUGGGCCGAACAGAAAUGAAACCUGGCAGAGUAGACAUGUCUCCACUCAGAGGGUGCCUCUAUUUUUAACCUUUUACGUUUAGUCUCCCUUAACCUUUGCUGGACAGUGUUAUUGUAACUCCCAUUACAAUACAUUUUCAUAUUUAUUAAGACAUUUUUGUUCUAUUGUUUAUUUUUCUGCUUUUUGAAUUGGGUAAGGGACAUUGCUGUUUAUAGGUCUUAGAAAGGACAAAGGAUGUUUUAGUUUUGCCAUGUACGUUUAAAAAAAAUAUGUAAUUGAAGUUUGAAAGCACUUACGGUAUCUUGUCUAUAGCAGGGUUUCCCAAAGUUGGUCCUGCCCCCCCCCCCCCCCCUGGGUGUACGGUUGAUCUUUUUUUUGCCUGUACCACUACACAGCUAAUUUAAAUAAUCAAACACUCAGUAGCUGGAGGUCUAAUCAACUGGUCUGCCACUUGGCAAACAGUCAUGUGACUGGAGGUCUUGCAUAACUCAGAUCCAGGUGUAAAAUUGCAUGUAUGGUCAAUGUACAGAAAUGAGCUUAUGAAGAUGUUUCUAAUCUUCCUUUUCCCCAGUCAAAAUAACCUUCCGGUGAGCCGAACAUUGACUUCUUGGUUUAGCUUCUGUUCAGCCUCGGAUAGACACUGGACAACAAAGUUGCUCUCUAAUGGGAAAUGGUUAUAUAUAUUUUGUUACCCACCUGUUCUUUUUUUCCCUAAUAUGUUGCCAUAUGCACAGCAGUAGACAGAAUGAUUUGUUGCCAGCCUCGACCUGAUAAAUGAGAGGUUGGAAUGAAGAUCAGAUUCAUGCCAGUCACCCAUUUGUUUUAACAUUCAGAGUUGUAUCAAGAGGGUCUUGUUAUUGAUGUUAGUUUAAAUACCUCAGUCUUCAACAUGGCUUGUUAAAGACCAUUUGUUUAAUGACUUAUGUAAGUUAGCAGUUGAAGAGAGAUCAAGCAGCUGAAAGCAUGUCUGCCCACAACCACGGUUUGUCAACUGUUUAUAAUCUGUUAAAUUGCCUACUGUUUUUAAAAGCCAAUUUGGUUUAGGACCUUUGGAUUGACAAUGAGGGCUUUUCAAUCACACAGCCCUUAGAAUAUAUAUAUAUAUAUAUAUAUAUAUAUAGACUGUACCAGCUUCACAGAUCGUGGUUUGAUUUGUUCAUACGGAGUUAUCUUUGAGGGUGGGGCAAAGCUCAUAUUGCACUGAGGAGUUUUGGAGAUGCUGCCUUUACAGCAUCGGGCUCAUGUGGAUGUACUGGUUUUGAUGUCUGCAAAAGUUCAAUGUAAAUCAUUUGAUUAUAUUAAUGUAUUUUACAAUCAUGGCUGGCUCAAAUAUAUACUGGUUCAAGAA